AUGGGCAACUUCUUCAGCUCGAUGUUCGACCGGCUGUGGGGCGUCAACCGCGAGAUGCGGAUUUUGAUCCUGGGCCUUGAUGGUGCAGGCAAAACCACGAUUCUGUACCGGUUGCAGAUCGGCGAGGUGGUUACCACGAAGCCUACGAUCGGUUUCAACGUGGAAACCCUUGUAUACAAGAACUUGAAGCUCAAUGUGUGGGAUUUGGGUGGUCAAACCAGUAUUCGGCCGUACUGGCGUUGCUAUUACUCAAACACGGCCGCUGUGAUCUUCGUGGUCGACUCUACUGACCGUGAUCGUAUGCCUACCGCUGCCCACGAGCUGCAUCUGAUGCUGCGCGAAGACGAGCUUCAGGAUGCUGCCUUAUUAGUGUUUGCCAACAAACAAGACCAGCCUGCGGCGCUGAGUGCGUCGGAAGUUUCGCGUGAGCUCAACUUGGUUGAGCUGAAGGACCGCAGUUGGAGCAUCGUGGCCUCAAGUGCAACAAAUGGCGACGGUAUUUCUGAAGGCCUGGAUUGGCUGAUUGAUGUGGUCCGUGAGGAGCAGAUGUAA